AUGGUUAUUUCUUUGGCUAUCGUCUCACCGAAAAUGGCAACCGCUGCGGCUGGGACUGUGGAGGCCAUGAAGAGGCUUUUUGAGAACAGUGGUAACUCGGAUUCUGGAUCUUGCAUAAACAAUCAUGACAACCCUCAUAAUGGAUUACCUCAUGGAGCUAAUGGGCAUAGUAAUUCUGCAAGGAAUAUUAAUAAUCAGAAUAGCUAUGCAAGCAGUGUUUUGUCUUUCGGCAAUGCAAGCGACCGAUCGUAUACGGAUAGAGCUUUAGGUGACCAUUCUAAAAACAAGCACGCUCCUCCAAAAGUUAAACCCAAACCUCACGUUAUCCGCAAAACAGCUCCUAAUAUCCAACCUGAACCCCCAAGCAAGCAAAAAACUUCAAAUGACCAUGAGAAUGUGGAAUGUGGAGUCCCCACAAAGCCUUCUACUUUUGGGUCCAGGGUUGCAAGCGGAAGGAAGGAAAACAAUGGUUCGCUUUCAAGGUUGCCUAUACCUCCCUCUGAAUCUGGUCCUAAACAUCCGACGUUGGCCGAAAAUGAUAUUGGUAAUAGGGUGAGAAAAGAAAGAACCGACAGCGCCGCUAUCCCACCUGAGUCGAGUUCCACACGAAAUCCCUCCAAGAAACCCCCACCUGUUCCUAAAAAACCGAAGUCCAUACUGAGUGGUCACAGCAAUGACGUUUUACGUGUACAUUACAAAUACGAUGAGGCGCUAGAGGAACAAUUCGGUCUUAAAGUUGACCAAUCUUCCUAUGAUUUUACUGAACGCUGGGUGGCAUUCCAAGCUGACAGGCAGCAAGAAGUUGCUUUGAAUAAGAUGAAGAAAGGUGAAAAUGAAGGUGGAGGAAGAAUGCUCCUAAAUGGAUCACCAGUACAUUCUCGAACUUCAUCUGUGUCUAGCAGCACGGGAUUGUCGAGUUCAAAUUUUACCAAUUCCAGCAUCCGAUCCAUUUUGAAAAAGGGUCGUCCUUCUUUGGGAAUCGAGAACAAAAAGAGGCUUACAUUUAAGGAUGAUGACGAAUUGAUCACCAAAUACAACUAUCCAUCAGAAGAAAGCUACGAUGAUAUGGACAGCCUCGACCGAUAUCGAUCCGCAUUGGGUUCGGACUCAGAUUCUUCGUCAACCUUUGACGAGCCGGAGGACUAUGACUUUGUUGACAUCGAUAUCUCAAACACCCCUCGACCAUUAGGCAAUAAGAUGAGUGAAAGUAGGAUCUUAUUUGCUGGAUCUACUACCUCCGCCACAUCUUCCAGUACCCUUAAAUGCUCGGCUGUGCAACAGCAAAAGUAUUCAAGCCACUCCCCUCGGAACAACUACAACAGCACCAAGAACAAUGACAUCACUGGCGGCACUGGUGGCAACAACAGUAGCAAGGCAACCACUGAGAAGUCCAAUUCCAGCAAAUGGUCCGAUGCAUUCAAAUCCAGUCCAGUCUUAGUAAAACCCUCCAAAAGUGGUAGUAAGUUGCAGAAAAUCGUUUGCAAAAUUGAACACUAUAAGUGCUUAUAG